AUGGGAUCAACCACGAAAGAUAUCGGCAUGAUUCUUGACGGUGCUGCUGGAGGCAUUGAUGAGGGGUCUGGGCGGCUCCACUUGGAUAUGGCGCAAGAGGACCUCGAUGAGGAGCUACGAACCCAACCGCUCCUCGACUCCGUGCGAAGCAAUGAUAUUGCUUCGAGCAGUUUCCUUCAGCGCGAUCAGAACCCGAAGCUCAAGCGUGGAGCGAAUGGCACCACCAGUUCAACGACAACAGAUGAUCAUCUUGUCGGUCGUUCUGUAUUCUGUACCAUAGUCUAUGCGUGUGCCGACAACUCUUCGAUACGCUUGCCUCUCCUUUUCCUUGAAGGCUUGGUCAACAAGGAGAGGCAACUCGCGGGUCUACAGCUGGAAGAAAAAGAACGGGAAGCUGAGCUGUGGAGGGACAGAUUUAGGCAACUUCAGGCGAGCCCUUUCUUCGUUCACGUUUGGGACGAAUGGGAUGUACAGGACAACUUGCAAGCGGCCAGCAAGAAGGCAGGUGACCCCUAUCUCGGAAAACUGAGGAGACAAGAUAGCCUGGAUCUUUCCCGGCGAGGUAUUGGGAAAGAAGACCUGGAAGGCAUAGUAGUCAAACUUCGGUGGCUCCGAGGUUUUACAUCGGUUGACCUCAGGGACAACAGCAUUGACGACACCUGCGUGCAGCCGUUAAAGAGUCUGAUGGCGCUCAGACAGUUGUGCAGCCUCGACCUCAGGGGAAACCAACUCGGUCCCUCCUCAGGCAAUGCGUUGCUCGAGUCGCUGUCAAGGUGUAGACGCUUACAGGUUCUUCGGCUGGAAGCGAACGGACUAUUCGCCCGAACACCAGGGGCUGGAGCCCGCCUCGCGGCCGGGUUGAGAGCUGCCAUCAAGGCCGGCGGCUGCAGACGUCUGUGGAGCCUAAGCGUGACCCUCGAUGACUUCGACGGGAAAUUCUUCAUGAACGCGCCGCGAAAGACGAAGGCCGAAACUGCGGGUGGUGGCCCGAAAGCAACCGGGACAGGGCGCAGCCUCAGAAAGGCCGCCGGACCACCCCCUGCCGCGGGCCCGAUGCCUGCGGCCCAUCCGAUGAAUGCCCUGGCCCUUGCGCGCGCGUUUCACCCCCGGGCCCCGGAUGGCGGCGCAGGGGCCUUCUUGAACGGAGACGGGGAAAGCGAGGCGAAUUCUCGCGGAGUUCGUGGCAAUACCAGAAGGGGUUCCGCUCGUGUUGGGAGGGGAUCCAUAACCUCGCUCGGACUGCCGUACGCGAGGCUGCACCCCAAAACGGUCGAGGAGCUUGCGGCACAUGCAGUUUCCUCGUUAACCAGCUUGGAUCUAUCCUUCUGCUACAUUGGGCCCGCAGGUGCGGUCACCCUUGCGCGUGCGUUAGACGGUGAUGACGGCAGCAGUAGGAGAGGUAGUGGCACCCGCGGUCAGGGAUCGCGCUCGCUCCGCUCGUUAAAGCUGCCGCACAACGCCGUCGGCGACACGGGGGCGCAUGCGCUCGGCCGAAGCCUUUCGAACAACCGCUGCCUCACGUUCCUCUCGCUCGCGUCCAACGGCAUCGGUCCCGCUGGGGCCCGUGCGCUGGCUGCGGCUGUCGGCUCUCGCGGCAACGACGGCGGUGGCAGCGUCCUAACGAGGCUAGACAUGGGAGACAACCCUCUAGAGGGCGAAGCGGCAAGGCUCCUCGUCGCCGCUGCUACAUGUGAUGCCCCCACCAAAGGGCACGGUGGUACGGACGGUGACGGUACUACACGUGGCACGACGACUUUGCAGGUCUUAGGGCUUGACAGAGCCCUCGGAACUGCUGUCGCCACGAGGGAAGCCGCCCGUCGCGCCGCUUCAACUGCCGCAGCGUGUGAGGCAGCGACGACGACUACCCUGGUGACCAUUGGCAACGAGGUGUCUGUGCAACCAGAGGAUGCCAUCGGCAAUGACGGACUUGUACAGGUGGGGACGCGUGUCAACACGAUGGUAUACCAGGUUCUGCUUGAUUCUCGAUUCGAAACGCCUGCUGAUGAGAUUUUCACUAUCCGAGGCGGUGCUAGGGGGCGAGGUGCAACGCUUGAAAUCCAGUGGAGCUUUGCGACAGACUGGCUCGAUCCGUGCUGGUGGCGAGUAUCCCAGACAAGAGAGGGACGUCCUGAGUUCUCUGUGAAAGAAGGAGUUGGCUCGGAAGAGGGGUGGGUAUCCGGACAGGCAAAUAACGACGGCGCCGAGAUGAGAGACGGAUACAGGUGCCAGAGGCUAGGGGCACGAAGUACGCAAGAAUAA